CGGUGGCUGCUUUUUUCUUUCCAAAGGAAUGUCGCUGCUAUAUCUCUGUUGGGAUGGAGGUCUGACAGAUAUUUUGAGACAAAGAUGUCGGGACAACAGUUUCUUAUCUCAUUACAUAACCAUGAUGCUCAAAACAACAUGGUAGUUACAUCCACCACUGACUGGCGAGCAAGAACAUUCAUUCAGGUUUGAGAGAUCAGCGGCUGAAUUCAGAGUCACUAUUUAGUAUUUUGGCAUCAGAUUUUCUUCUAAGCAUGGACCCUUAGAUUCCUCAGCCAUCAGGAUACACUUUUACUCUUUAACUUCGGUUGUUGUGGGACGAAUUGUCAGGGAAGUUCCACUGUACUACCACUUCUUUCUGAACAAGCUAGUGAAGCCUCGUCGAGAUGUUUUCAGCGCUGAAGAAGCUGGUGGGAUCUGAGCCAGGGCAGCUCAGGGAGAAGAAUAUCCCAGCUGGCAUGCAGUCGAUGAACCAAAGUUUGCAGAGACGCUUCGCCAAAGGGGUUCAGUAUAAUAUGAAAAUAGUCAUCCGGGGAGAUAGGAACACUGGAAAGAGUACUUUAUGGCAUCGCCUGCAGGGCAAGAAGUUUGUGGAGGAGUACAUACCGACUCAGGAGAUCCAAGCCACAAGUAUACAUUGGAAUUACAAAACUACUGAUGAUGUGGUCAAAGUAGAGGUUUGGGACGUGGUUGAUAAAGGCCAAAAAUAUCCUCUUCCUGAAGGUGUAGGCAAAGGCAAAAGGCGUGGAGACAAUUUGAAACUGGAGAAUGAGCCCCAAGAGUCCGAUGAAGUCGCCCUGGAUGCAGAGUUCCUGGAUGUGUACAAGAACUGCAAUGGAGUCAUCAUGAUGUUUGACAUUACUAAGCAGUGGACAUUUAACUACAUCCUGAGGGAACUGCCCAAAGUACCCACCCAUGUGCCGGUGUGUGUGUUGGGUAACCACAGGGACAUGGGCGAGCAUCGUGUCAUCCUUCCUGAUGAUAUAAGGGACCUGAUUGCUGGACUGAACAGACCAAUGGGAUCAUCUUACAUCCACUAUGCUGAGUCUUCUAUGAAGAAUGGGUUUGGCUUGAAAUAUCUGCACAGAUUCUUCAACAUCCCCUUCUUGCAGCUACAGAGAGAGACCCUCCUGAGGCAGCUGGAGACCAACCAGCUCGACAUGGAUGCCACCCUGGAGGAGCUCUGUGUCCAGCAGGAGACUGAAGAUCAAAACUAUGAGAUUUUCCUGGAGAACUUGGAGUCUCGCAGUAAGAGCUAUGGCUCUCCUGGUCCAGCUAACGGUUCCUCCUCAGGCUCUCAGUCCCCCAUCGUCCCUCCCAGUGGGGCCUCCACAGGCAGCUCCAGCCCCAGCACCCCUCAGCCUCCCAUCCUCUCUCAGAUGCUCCCGCAGUCACCAUCUGUGUCUGCGUCCUCCCCUCCACCUCCCUCAGCAGCGGUUAGCGGGGCAGCUUCACCUACUGUUGAGUCAAAGCCAUCAGCCCAGUCUCCUGAGCACCAACAGUCCUCAGCUGCAUCUGGAGUGUUGGCCCCCCAGAAACGCAGCUUCAUCUCCCGCUGGUUUGGUUCAUCACCUGCUGCUGAUGCUCCUGUGUCUGCACCAGAGGACCUUACUGCACCAGUGUGUCCCGCUAAGGUUCAGAGUGUGGAUGAUUUUGUGCCAGAUGAGGGACUGGACAAGAGUUUCCUGGAGGACAGCCUGCCCACAAAGACCAAGGUGCCUCAACCUGCACCUGCUCCAGCUGUGGACAGUGACAGUGAUGGCGAAGACAGAGGAAACCCCAUGGUGUCUGGCUUCCAGGAUGAGCUCGAUCCUGAUGACACUAAGCCCAGCCUUCCCCAACCUAAGACCCUGCCCCCCAGUAAAGAUAUCACUCUAACUAGCGACGAGGAGGAAGGAGUACCAGCAGCCCACACUAUCACACAGGACCAAGACUUGGACAGUGAACCUGAGCUGAAAGCGCCUGUGAUUCAUAUCACAAAACCAAAGGUGGCGUCUAAAGCUCCAGAGCCCAGAAGCCAGACCACAGCGCCCAUCUCCCUCACUUUAAUUCCAGCAGCUGAACAGCCAGCCCUGCAACAAGGCAAGAAGAAGGGAAACACACCCAAAACUGAGGACUCUGAUACCGACCCCGAGGCCCCUGUCGCCCAGCAAAUGCUCUCUUUUGUCAUGGAUGACCCCGACUUUGAGUCGGAAGCAUCAGACACACCAAAAAUAGCAAAGGAUACAUUUCCAGUUAGGGACGAGCUUCUGUCUGAUCUCUCUGACGAUGACAUGCAGUUAGCCAAAGUGCCAGAACCUAUGAAGCCCACUGUGAUUUCCUUCAAACAAAAGGACGACACUGACCUGUUUGGCCUCGGCAUCCAAGAAGAGGCUCCCACAGCCAAGGACAGCAGUGAGGAGCAGGAAGAGAAAGAAAGCAAACACUCCUCUAAAGAGAAGAAGAAAAAGAAGAAGAAAAGCAAAGAGGAGGAUGACAAAAGUAAGAAGAAACACAAACACAAGAAAAAGGAAAAAGACGAAGUUGCUGAAGGAGACGACAAAGAGAAAAAGAAAAAGAAAUCCCGGACCAAGAAAACAGAUGUGGAUGAACUGGAGGACUUUCUGGGCGGAGGAGCAGGUUUGAUCAAAAGAGAUGACGGUGAUUAUGAAGAACUAUAAAAGCUCCGUGUUUUAUUAGGAAAUGGAGCCACUGAUCAACAGAAAGGCACAUGGUCAUUCAAAAACUCCUGGAUCCUUGACUUGUAUGUGCAUAAAGCAGCAUCUCCAAGCCAUACACAAUACGCAAGGCUACUGACGACACCCAGGUAAAAUAACCAAGGACUCUGGUACCUGUAUGUUCCUUCUGAUUGAUUUCCCCAUCUGCACUACUGCUGUCACCUCCGCUCCAAACAGUAAGAAAAGGCAGGGACACCCUCAUGUUCUGUAGUGAGCUAUGACAUAAAAUUUGAUUGGUGUAGCCACAGAUUGGCUCUUUGUACUUUGAUAUGUUGGCUGAAUAUUUUCUUUGAUUUGAUACACUCUGUAAGUGAUCCACUCCAAAUCAGCUGCUGUAAAUAGGGUUAUUAUUUUGUCUGAAUGUUUGUGUGGUUCGUGUAAUAAUUGAGAGCAUGCUCACAGUGACGACUGACUCUUUGGAGACUCCAUAGUGUAGAUCAUUUUUCUCUUCUCUCAUUUCGGCUGAAAUGGUUUCAGACAGAUCCUUGUCCAGAUUUAUUCUUUUGUCUCUAAUUAUGAACAGUGAAAAAUUCAGAGUGAGUAAAUUAAGAAUGUUGCCGUUCAGCAACAAAGGAAAUGGCUUAUCCUUCUUCUUACUCUUGGAGUAUGUCCACACUAAACUGGCUUAAUUUUAAAAUGCA